AUGACUGAUGAGUUAGAAGAUGAAGAGCAAGGGAAGAUUGCUAAAGCACCAGGCAAAGCGGAAGAAAUGGUUGCAAUUGAGAUGAAUAGGAUUGAGGAGACGUAUGAGCUUAGGAAUGUGUAUGCUCGGGAUGGGCAGAAGCCGGCGCAUCUUGUUGAUGGAUAUGUGUUUGUAAGCCGUGGAGAUGUGAAUGCAAUAAUGGGGCCGAGUGGAAGGAAGUGGAAAGACCACGCUGAUGUCUAUGGCAGGGUGUAA